AUGUCCUUCUCAAGACCUCUUUCCAUCGCAUUGUCGGAUGCUACUAUUACCGGCACCUGCUCUGAGUCUGAUUCCAUCGACGAGCGUUCGCCAAUUGAUUUCGAUUCCGUCGACAUUUGCUCGCCAGUCGACUACGAUUCCGUCGACAAGCGCUCUCCAGCUCAACCAGGAGACUACUCAAACUUCAGUCCGGCGUUCACCCGAGACAGCUUCUCCCUCAAAGAAAUCCACGACCUCCGAAUACUAAUCACCGACGAACUUAUUCGCUUCGCCAGGAGCAGCGGCGCCACAAAAGAAGCGGACCACAUCCGAAGGUUGAGAUUGUACAGUCGAGUCGAAGACCUAUUCUCAACUGGCCGUCUAUGGAACUUCGAAGGACUUUAA